ACAUCUGUGUAUUUUCGAAAAUGCACACACCACACCAACACCAACACCAUCAUCUUCUUCGCCUUCAAAUCUGUCACGUACUGUUGCUUCUCACACAUCUCUAGCAUCACUACAUUCUCUCUCUCUCUCUCUCUCUCUCUCUCUCUGUUAAAAAGCUCAAGCUACACCUCUACAUGAUAAUGGCGGUCAACUCUACACAACAGGGAUGUGAUUCUUAUAGUGUUGUUGGUUUACCUGAUGAAGUCAACACCAUACCUCACUGCGAAUUGCCAGUAGCUCUCUCAGAUUCCUUGGAAGAUUAUGUGCUCCUUAAAAGCCAGAUUUCAUUGGAUGACCAACUGAUAAAUAGUCAAACCUACAUCAAUGUAAUGGUGGAAAAUCCCGCUGCUUAUUCCAAAUGCAUUGAAAAAGUUGUAGACAUUGAAAAGGGGAAGUCAGAGACACCUAGAAUCAAUGAAGAAACUGUUGAUAACUUGAAGAACAAUGAAGGGCAGAUGAAAUCAUUGCAGAAGCAAAUUAGCUUCGAAAUGGGAGGCAAAUACAUGCAGUUGUUGAUGAAUCACAGCCUAAUCUUACCUAAGUUCUCUACUCGAGAUAGAACUGCAGCUGAGAAAGUCGUUCUUGAGGCUCCCAGAUUGAGGAAAUACAAGCGCACUGCCUCGUUCAAUUCAAGAAAAGUUGUUCUUCUGUUCUCAGUAUUGUCGAGUUUGGGAACAAUUAUACUCAUAUAUCUAACACUAAGAGUCAAACAGAUCGGUGAUGCCUCCUCUACCCAUUCCGAGUAAAUUCAUUUUACGUUCCUUCACUUUGGGUGCUUCGGAGAACAUUAACUUUUAGGGUUUUAUUUCUGCAUGUUUUGAAGCAUCUUCUACAAUGUCAGCUGUACAUAAGUUGAGAAUAGUGUCACUUACCUCCAAUGGUUUGAUCUCCACUUGUUUUUAAGGCUUGGGUUCACAUGAGAUCAUCCUGUUUUCGUGAGUAGACCCGUGAGACCACAAAAUAACAUUGAACCUUCACGGUG